UCUGGCUGAGUCCUGACACAAAGUGCAUUUGCCUUUUAAACAAACCACAUAAUCGUUUCAUGAAACACCAUUGGACAGCUUCUUCUUUCUAUUUGAACAGAAGAUACAGAAGAUGGAGAAUUCACAGAAGAAGCAAAUGCUUUUUAUUUUAGGGAUAUACAUUUUCUCAACACAGUGGUUACUGUCCCAUCAACAAGUCAAUGUGGCCUUAAAAGGAAUUGCAACACAAUCGUCUUCAUACAGCAGCAGUUACUAUGCUUCUUUAGCUAUUGAUGGCAACAGAGCAUCUAACAUGGAUUCCUACUCAUGUACUGCUACAAAUGCUGAGAUUGGCCCAUGGUGGAGGGUGGAUUUGUUGGCGGUGUAUGACAUUAGUAAUGUAAUUAUCACUAACAGAGCUGACUGUUGUGCAGAACGUAUAAAUGGUGCUGAGAUCCACAUUGGCAACUCCAUAAUCAACAAUGGCAACAAUAACCCCAGAUGUGUUGUUAUCCCUAGCAUCCCUGCUGGUGCCUCUGCAAAUUACACCUGCAAUAUGCAGGGUCGUUACGUAAAUAUCAUUAUUCCCAGUAUUACCGAGAUCCUCACACUGUGUGAAGUGGAAGUCUAUGGAGUUGCAGUCCCUGUUUUUAAAAGGGCAUUUCUGAGAACAAAGUUUAACAGCAUUGAGGAUCUCAAUAAUCCUACCAAGAGGGACAAAGUUCUGCAAAAGAUCAAAUCUGCCAACAUCCAGUCAUCAGUAUUUCAGAUUCGUUGGACAAAGGAACCAGAACUGGAACCUAACACUUGAAAAAGGUACCAACAUACGGAAUCACAAUACUGUACCAUCUACUGGACAAUAACUGUUUAUAAUCACUAACUGAUACAAAAACAUAAUAAUAUAUGGAUGAUAUUCGAUCACAUAAAAGAAGGAAAAUACCCGUAUGCUCACUGAUAGAUCAUGCUUUUAUAGAAAAUAUACUACUACUACUACUACUACUACUACUACUAAUAAUAAUAAUAAUAAUAAUAAUAAUAAUAAUAAUAAUACUGUCCAAGGCACCUAUUGUAAUUAUUAAACAUAUUUCAUUAUUAUUAUUAUUAUUAUUAUUAUUAUUAUUAUUAUUAUUAUUAUUAUUAUGACUUUCACCCUCUGGGAGAAUAUGGCAGCUCCUUGGUGGAUUGUAAGUAGGCAUAUUGAUAAAGGAUAGAGGUAUAGACACAAGGGGGGCUAGUGUUACUUAUUUACAUUUAAAUAAAUAUUUUAUAUUUACUUUCUGACAAAUGUAGAGCAAAACAAAGUAAGUAAUCUGUCGAAGAUGUGCCGUUAAGUUAAUAUAUAUAUUUGCUAUAUGAUGUACUGUAUCUUUAUAAUUGGAUGUGCACAGUCAAAAGGAUUCUUAACUGGUGAAUGCUAUGUUAGGUGUAAAUUCUCUGUUUGACAACUUGAGUAGAAAAUAGAGCUUUUACAGAGGCCUAUACUUAUUUUUGGUCAAACUCUGAUUUUAAGUAUAGUUAAAAAUAAACUGUAGUGUUAGUAUGUAUUGCAAUAAACUUUGAAUGAUUCAAUAAUGUUUAUUGUAAUAACAAUGCAAAAUGAUAAUGUACAUUUCAAACCUGUUUAGCCUAUUAAAUAAUUAGACUCUUAAAGUAUUUGAAUUAAAGAAAUCACUUGCAAACAGACAGCAUCUGGAGAAACUCUGAAAAUGUACACAGUCAGCUUCGAAACUUACAGCAAAGCUCUGCUUACAAACAAAAAAGACAUAAAGUGUAGGAGUCAUCCUCCAGUAAAUUUAUAGUUGUAAUAGUUGUAAUACUGUGUCAAGUUGCUGGUAUGUCCAAUGGUAGGCUUUUAACCCUUAAUGGCUCAGUAAAAAAAAAAAAAAGAGAGAGAAAAACAUAAGCUGCUCUGUAUAAGGGCAUUUGCCAUUCCGUAGAUGUAAAUGUAUGAAUUUCUUUCAGAAUUGCUUUAGGAAAAUAUAGUACUUUGCAUGAAUUUUGCUUUAGGCUACUCAAAGCACUUAAAGUUCCAAAUGUUUUUGAAUCUUCAGGGUGUAUUUGAAGAAAAAAAAAAAACUAAUCUCAUUCAUAGGUAAGAUGCACAAUGCAUAAAAUCAUGCAGACACAGAUAAGACCUUCAAUUAAUCACAUCAUAUCAAAUUUUAAAAUGUGAUCUCAGUGAUGAUGGAAUACUUGUUUGAGUAUUUUUUGGGACUGAUCUGGAAUAUUUAAAUGCUGUACAGGAGCCACCAAAGUUUACACAGAGUGGUUGGAUACUAGCCAGGCUGGUUUGAACUGACAAAAAGCUAAACAUUUACAACUAAGCAGAAAAGCAGCUUACAGGUCAAACCAAAUGAGAGUGACAAGUUACAACCAAAUUAGGAAUCUAAGUCUACAGUUUGCACUGACUCACUUAAACUGGAACAAUUUAUCCUGAUCUAACGAAUAGUAAUUUCUUUAUACAAUGUACCUGACGGGGACAUAAUUCUUUACAAAUUGAGUAAACAGAAACACAGCUUAGAUCAUCCAGCAUGUCAAACCAAAUGAGAAUGUCAAGCUACAGGUCAAGUAGGCUUUAAUUCUGUAUGUAACAAGGGCAGGAAUCUGAGGCUACAUUUGGAAUUGACUCACUAAAACUGGUCAAAUGUUGCCUGAUAUAAUGAAUAUUAAUUUUGUUUUGCCAUGAUGACAGGGGCAGAAGUUAAUGUCCUCAGCAUGAAUCACAAUCUGCCUUGUGUCAAGAGUCCAUGCAGUCCAUGCUGCUGGUAUAAUGGUCUGGAGAUUGUUUUAUUUUUUAAUUGUGAUGCAAUCAUUCCAACAUAGAUCAGAAUCUUAAAGGAGGCAAUUCUUCCUAGUAACAUUGUGUUCUUAAUGGCCAGUCAGUGUUUAUACAUUAGCUAAGUACAGAAACUGGCAGGUAAGGUAUAUGCAAAAUGUAUGCAAAAUUCCACUAUUGAACCCUGUGUGGGUGUGUGCUUCCUGUCUCUCUAUCUCAUCCUCAGCCUUUGCUCAUCCAUACUCCCUUCUCAAGAUUUUUUCCUAAAUGUUUGUUAAAAAUAAUAUAAUUUUUUUUUAGGACUUUAUGGUCUUUUCUAUUCUAUUCUUUUGUAUUAUGUAAGAGCUGACAUAUCAUAUUUGUGCUGUGUUUAUAUUUAACAAAGAAUUUCAGUAUGUAGAUUGUUAAAGUACUCUUUGUGUACAUAAUAAACCUGGAAAUUAAAAAAAAAAUGUCCUUCCACCAAAAUCUGUGAAAAAAGAUAAACAUUUACAACCUCCUUUAAAUACUUUUUUGUAGUCCCUGUUUUUCAGAGGACAUUUCUGAUAAUAAAGUUAAACAGCAUUGAGGAUUGCAGCAAGCCUACCACGAGGGAUAAAAUUCUUCAAAAGGUCAAAUCUGCCAGCAUCCAAUCAGCAGUAUUUUAGGUCCAGGGAACAGGAAGCAGAAGCAUGUCUUAACUAUGUAGAAGAAGAAGUAGAAGAAAAUGAAGAAGAAGAAGUGGCUGUAGCAAAUGGAAUUUCUGGAGAGCUCACUAUUUUUGAAUUUGAAAUAGAUUUUAUUUAGAAGCAUUUGAAACUAAAGUCAUGUACAGUAGGAAUUAGGUGUUACUUGCUGGAAUUACAGUAUGUGUCCAAUAUAAACUUUGUUUCCUACUUUAACCACUUGCCUGUUUAAAUUUUCCAAAAAUUGUACAGUGAUGAUUUUCAGUAAAGCAAAUUUAUUAUUAAUUAUUUUUUUUAUUUUUUGUUAUUGUAUAUGUAAAUUAAAAGACAUGUUCAGGGCAUUCCAUUAACUUAACUAAACAUUUUACAUUGGUA